AAAUAGAUGUAUGCAUUUGAGUCGACCUCCACUUUCAUUCAAUUGGCUCGUCUCUGUAUUCCAAAACCUAGUUGAUCUCUCUCUAUAUCUCUCUCACUCGCUGUUACUAUAUCCAAUUGCCGAAACACAGGUUUUGGUUGUAAGGUUUUGAUCGUUGUGCAAGACCAAGAAUUCUAAGUAAAUAUCGCUGUCAAGAGUAAAGGUUGCGAGUCUGCUCUCUCAAAAUGGAUCAGCAAGGGCCUGGCCAGCCUCCAGUUACUGGGGUGGUGGGUAGCUCAGUUCAGAUGCCAUAUAGUGUGGCCCCAUAUCAAGCUAACCAAAAGAUGGGGUUCUCUUCCCCUGCACCAGUUGGAUCAGUUCAGCCUCCCCCACAAACAUCUGGUCUCUCUGCCUCUCCAGCUCAGCUUGCACAAAAUCAGCUUGCUUAUCAGCACAUCCACCAGCAGCAGCAACAACAAUUGCAGCAACAACUACACAAUUUUUGGGCAAACCAGUACCAAGAUAUCGAGCAGACAACUGAUUUUAAAAACCAUAGCCUUCCAUUGGCGAGGAUAAAGAAGAUUAUGAAAGCAGAUGAGGAUGUUAGAAUGAUAGCAGCUGAGGCUCCAGUCGUAUUUGCCAGGGCGUGUGAGAUGUUUAUCCUUGAGUUGACUUUGCGGUCUUGGAAUCACACAGAGGAGAACAAAAGGAGGACGCUUCAGAAGAAUGAUAUUGCGGCAGCCAUCACUAGAACUGACAUAUUUGAUUUCUUGGUCGAUAUUGUCCCAAGGGAAGAUUUGAAAGAUGAGGUGUUUUCAUCCAUCCCAAGGGGCCCCCUUCCUGUUGGAGCUCCAACCGAGGGUCUUCCGUACUAUUAUAUGCCACCGCAACAUGCUUCACAAGUCGGAGCUCCAGGGAUGUACAUGGGGAAGCCUGUGGAUCAAGCCCUUUAUGGCCCUCAGCCUCAUUCUUACAUAGGUCAGCAGAUGUGGCCACAGCAACAGCCACCGCCUGAAGAUUCUUGAGUAGGGGUGGUGUGGGCAGACUAGAAACGUGCAUGGUGAUGUGAGUAUUCUAUCAUCAUACUUCACACUUGAAGUAUUGAGCGUGUCUCGCCAUCCUUAUUACAUUUCUCGUCAUCCUGUAAAAUAGGUGGACUCUCAUUAUACAUAGACAAAUCUCAUGGUCCUCGUUCAGUGUUUUAAGUUUAUUGCUUCAUGUUACUAUCAUGUUCGUUCUUUGAGACUGAAAAUAUGCGCUCACACUAUCCUUUUCUUAGACAAUGAAAAAUUGUGCUAGAAUGUCUCCAUGUCAUAUCUACAUGUGAACCUGUUUUGCAAGGAUAUUGGAAUGAACUAAUCUUCCAUAUUGUCUUGUUUAAGAGAAUUCCUUGUGUUCAAACUAUUUCGAGAGACUUUCUUCAACAUUGUUCUUAUUUUUAGCUCUUUUAUUUACUGAUGC